AAUGACUGGUGGUUGAAAAGAGCUGGGACAAGUGGGCACAGGCUGCUAGAAGCCAUAACAGAGGAAUGGGCUUGGUGAAGAGGGGCCAAGAUGUUGCCCUACCAUCGAGAGGAAGGCAAGUGAGGGCAGCAGGAAAGGAGCUGAAGCCUCCCGCGCCAUGACUAGUACUGGCACAUUUGGUCAGCGUCUAGAGUGCUGCUUUUCGUGGCUCUGCUUGUGGCUCCCACCGUUCCAGUUCAAAACCAGUGCUUCCAAGGCCGUUCCGAACUCUCCUUUUCUCACUCCCGAAAUUUGGGAAGGCCAAAGGCGAAAAUAGGACCCGGAAGUAGGGGGGGCAACUUCUAAGCACGUGAUGGGAGGCGCACUGGUCCUGACACGUGACCCUCCAACCUGCUACUCUACCUUGCUGAGAGCUCAGCUGCUCUUAAAGACUUUUAUCUGUUCCCUUGAAGCCAACUCCGAACACACGCUGACUCUGAGCCCUUUGGGGCACCCGAACUCGAUGCUAUGGGAAGCUCUGCGGGCUCGUGGAGGGGCCUUGAGGAUUCUGAGAGGGAGGAGACCGACUCAGAGCCCCAAGCCCCUCCGCUGGAUGGUCAGAGUGCCCAGUGGAAGAAUGCGGUGGGCUUCUGGAUCCUGGGUCUUUGCAACAAUUUCUCAUAUGUGGUGAUGCUGAGCGCUGCCCAUGACAUCCUUAAGCAGGAGCAAGCAUCUGGGAACCAGAGCCAUGUGGAGCCGGGCCCAACACCCAUGCCUCACAACAGCUCAUCUCGAUUUGAUUGCAACUCCAUCUCCACAGCUGCAGUGCUCCUGGCAGACAUCCUUCCCACCCUCGUCAUCAAACUCCUGGCUCCUCUUGGCCUUCAUUUGCUGCCCUACAGCCCCCGGGUCCUUGUCAGUGGAGUUUGCUCUGCUGGAAGCUUUAUCCUGGUUGCCUUUUCUCAUUCAGUGGGGUUAAGCCUGUGUGGAGUGGUUUUGGCCAGCAUCUCAUCCGGUCUAGGAGAGGUCACCUUCCUCUCACUCACGGCCUUCUACCCCAGAGCUGUGAUCUCCUGGUGGUCCUCCGGUACUGGGGGUGCAGGGCUUCUUGGAUCGCUGUCAUACCUGGGACUCACCCAGGCUGGCCUUUCCCCGCAGCACACCCUACUUUCUAUGUUGGGGAUCCCUGUUCUGCUGCUGGCCAGCUACUUCUUGUUGCUCACAUCUCCUGAACCCCAGGACCCUGGAGGGGAAGAUGAGGCAGAGACUGCUGCCCGGCAGCCACUUAUAGGCACCGAGACCCCAGAGUCAAAGCCAGGUUCCAGCUGGGACCUCUCGCUCCAGGAAAGGUGGACAGUGUUCAAGGGCCUUUUGCGAUAUAUCAUCCCCUUGGUGCUGGUCUACUUUGCUGAGUAUUUCAUCAACCAGGGACUCUUUGAGCUCCUGUUUUUCCGGAACACAUCCCUGAGUCAUGCUCAGCAGUACCGAUGGUACCAGAUGCUCUACCAGGCUGGCGUGUUCAUCUCCCGCUCUUCUCUCCACUGCUGCCGCAUCCGUCUCACCUGGGUCCUAACCCUGCUGCAGUGCCUCAACCUGGUCUUCCUACUGGCAGACGUAUGUUUGAGCUUCCUGCCCAGCAUCUACCUCAUCUUCAUCAUCGUUCUGUAUGAAGGGUUCCUGGGUGGGGCAGCCUAUGUGAAUACUUUCCACAACAUUGCUCUAGAGACCAGUGACAAGCACCGAGAGUUUGCCAUGGAGGCCGCCUGUAUCUCUGACACCUUGGGAAUCUCCAUGUCAGGGGUUCUAGCCUUGCCUCUGCAUGACUUCCUCUGCCAUCUCCCUUGACAUGGGUUGCUCAGAACACACUGACAUCUGUGAACUCUGCCACAGACCUUCCUAGCUAGGCUGGGGAGUGGGAAGAGCCGCAGUCCUGCCCUGCUCCAGCAAGGAGCCCCCAUUGUUUCCCACUCCCGAGCUGGUCUCUGGGACUUCUCUCUCAGCCUUAUGCCCUUCUAAUAAAUGCUUAUUUUAUCAGUGUA